AUGUCAACAGUCGGUCGCCUUGCGAACAAAGUCGCUCUCGUCACAGGAGCCGGCUCAGGCUUCGGCCGUGCGAUCGCCACUCGCUUUGCGAACGAAGGCUGUAAAGUCCUUGUUAGCGAUGUUAAUGAGGAUGGGGCGAGGGAGACUGCGGAGAAGAUUGGGAAGUCGGACUCCACGCACGUCAUGAAAUUCGAUGUCACAAGCGAAGGCGAGUGGAAGAGGGCCGUGGGCGAAGUCGAGAACAAAUGGGGCCGCCUUGACAUCCUCAUCAACAACGCCGGCUGGGCCUACAAAAACAAACCCACCCUCGACGUAACCACCCCGGACUUCGACCGCGUCUUCACCAUCAACGUCAAAUCCAUCUUCCACUCCAUCCCCGCCGUGAUCCCCUCCCUCAGGCGCGCCGGCGGCGGCUCCAUCAUCAACAUCUCGUCCAUCGGCUCCGAACGCCCGCGCCCGGGCCUGGUCUGGUACAACGCCAGCAAGGCCGCCGUGACGAACGCUACGAGGGGGCUGGCGGCGGAGUAUGGCCCUGAUGGGAUCCGUGUGAAUGCUUUGGCGCCGUUGUUGAGCGGGACGGGGCUGUUUGAGCAGUUUGUGGGGGUGCCGCAUACGCCGGAGAAUGUGAAGACGUUUGUGGAGGCGGUGCCGUUGGCGGGGUUGACGGAUCCGGAGGAUGUGGCGAAUUAUGCGCUGUAUUUGAGUAGUGAUGAGGGGGCUUUCGUGACCGGGCAGAAUCUGGUCAUUGAUGGUGGGAAGGGCAUUUAG